GGCGCAUUUCCCUUGACGGAAGCUGUGUGGCUCUCGGGCUCGGUUUGUUGGUGCUGCUGGUUAGAGCAAAACAGCCGCAAAGAUGUCCAUCGAGAUUGAGUCCUCCGAUGUCAUACGUCUUAUUAUGCAAUACCUAAAAGAAAAUAAUUUGCAUCGUACAUUGGCUACAUUGCAAGAGGAAACUACGGUGUCUUUAAACACUGUGGACAGUAUUGAGAGUUUUGUGGCGGACAUUAACAGUGGGCAUUGGGAUACUGUCCUGCAAGCCAUACAGUCACUUAAGCUGCCAGACAAGACACUCAUUGAUCUCUAUGAACAGGUUGUAUUGGAAUUGAUUGAACUUCGUGAAUUGGGAGCUGCCAGAUCUCUCCUGAGACAGACUGAUCCCAUGAUCAUGUUGAAACAGACCCAGCCAGAAAGAUACAUUCACUUGGAAAACCUCUUGGCUAGAUCAUAUUUUGACCCACGUGAGGCUUAUCCCGAUGGCAGCAGCAAAGAAAAAAGAAGAGCAGCAAUAGCUCAGGCCCUUGCUGGAGAAGUGAGUGUUGUGCCUCCAUCACGUCUCAUGGCGCUCUUGGGACAGGCAUUAAAAUGGCAACAACAUCAGGGACUUCUGCCCCCAGGAAUGACUAUUGAUUUGUUUAGAGGUAAAGCAGCAGUGAAAGAUGUGGAAGAGGAGAAAUUCCCCACUCAGCUGAGUAGGCACAUCAAGUUUGGUCAGAAAUCACAUGUGGAAUGUGCUCGCUUUUCACCCGAUGGUCAGUAUUUGGUUACAGGAUCUGUUGAUGGGUUUAUUGAGGUUUGGAACUUUACAACAGGAAAGAUCAGAAAGGAUUUGAAAUAUCAGGCUCAAGAUAACUUCAUGAUGAUGGAUGACGCUGUAUUGUGCAUGUGCUUUAGCAGGGAUACUGAAAUGUUGGCUACAGGAGCACAAGAUGGAAAAAUUAAGGUGUGGAAGAUUCAGAGUGGGCAGUGUUUGAGGAGGUUUGAACGUGCACACAGUAAAGGUGUCACAUGCCUUAGUUUCUCUAAAGACAGCAGUCAGAUCCUCAGUGCUUCAUUUGACCAGACGAUCAGAAUCCAUGGCUUGAAAUCUGGUAAAACACUUAAAGAAUUCAGAGGACAUUCCUCGUUUGUGAAUGAGGCCACUUUUACACAGGAUGGUCACUAUAUAAUUAGUGCAUCAUCUGAUGGCACCGUAAAGAUGUGGAAUAUGAAGACUACAGAGUGUGCCAAUACCUUCAAGUCCCUUGGAAGCACUGCAGGAACAGACAUUACAGUUAACAGUGUCGUUCUGUUGCCAAAAAAUCCAGAGCACUUUGUUGUGUGUAAUCGCUCGAACACAGUUGUGAUUAUGAAUAUGCAAGGACAAAUUGUUAGGAGCUUCAGCUCUGGUAAGAGAGAAGGUGGUGACUUUGUGUGCUGUACACUAUCACCCAGAGGAGAGUGGAUCUACUGUGUUGGAGAGGAUUUUGUGCUAUAUUGUUUCAGCACUGUAACUGGCAAGCUGGAAAGAACCUUGACUGUCCAUGAGAAGGAUGUAAUCGGAAUUGCACAUCAUCCUCAUCAGAAUUUAAUUGGCACCUAUAGUGAAGACGGACUUCUGAAACUGUGGAAACCUUAGUACUGCAGAAUACCUUUCCUUUAUUGGGAACAGACUUUAGGCUGCGCCAGUAUCAUUUUUAAAUGAUUUAAUUAUAUUUUGUGUUCACUUACACCAAGAAUGUGUGUUUGCUCAUUUCAUAUCUUUAUAUGGUUCUGGUGGCAUAUUUUCAAAGUGACGUAAUACAAAAUGUUUAGGUUUCAUACUUAGAUGCUGAUGGUCAUUUCUUCAGUUGAGCUGGGACAAUAUGUGAAACUAUGUAUAUUUUAACCUUACUUUGUCCUACAUUCUCCAACUCCAUUAAACUGAUUUUU